GCCAUUCUGCAUUUAUGCAGCUCUAAAGAUCCUGAAUUUUUUGGCGUCAAUGAUAAUGAGAACCAACAAUAGCGACAGUCUUCUCAACAGUAGCAACAGCAACAAUAAUAAUAAUAACAAUACGGCGGCGGUAGAUUUAUUGGGGCCCCGAAAGGGGGCUAGAAAGGGAGCUAAGAAGGGAAGAGGAGGGCCUGAGAAUUCUCUGUGGAAUUACAGAGGAGUAAGGCAGAGGACAUGGGGGAAAUGGGUUGCAGAGAUAAGGGAGCCCAAUCGUGGAGCCCGCCUUUGGCUUGGGACAUUCUCUACGGCCGAGGAAGCCGCCCGCGCAUAUGACCAGGCCGCUAGGAUCCAUUACGGCGCCGCCGCCAAGCUUAAUUUGCCUGAUACAACCUCUUCGACGGAUUCUCGUCAGCGCGAGAUCGAAUCCCCGCAAGCGCAGAGUAUUAAGUGCAGUAAAGAGGAAGAGGUGGAGCAAAAGGACAAGGCCACGUCGUCUCUCUCGGAAUCUGAGCUGUCCAUGGAGAACCCCUUUGAUCUGGGUCUGCCGCCGCUCAGUCCUCAGAGCGACCUCUUCUUCUUCGGCGAGACGACGUGGAACAGUAUCGACUCGGCCUUUUCUGACGUGGUAUCCGCUAGGCCUGCUGACGGGGCGCACAAUCUUGAUCAGGUUUCGGCUUUUUAUGUCGAUGGCUUUCCCCAGGUGCCUACGUGGCCACCUCACUUUUUCUGACGGCCUCGUUUCAUGUCUGAUUGUGCGUUUGAUUGAUUUCGUAUGUACAAUAGACUGAUUGUCUGGUGGUCGUCAUUAAAACUCAUUCAUUCAAUAGUUUAAUGGGGCAUUCUCAUUAAAACUCACUCAUUCAUUGGAUAGUCGGAUGGGGCAUUCUCAAAUCCACACUAUUCUUCGGCCUACUCACCUUUUCAUAAUUCCCAAGCCUUCCAAAUAUCUUACCUAUUUGAUUUUUAGUUCUUGCCUAGACAUUAUUAAAAUUCAUUCAUUCAUUCAAUAGUGUGAUGGGACAUUCCCAAAUCCUCACUAUUCUUUCGCUUUCUUAUUUUUUAAUAAUUUGUAAG